GGCGGGGGCGAGAGGCGGUACCGGCCCCCACCGACCUCAAACUUUCAUUAACUCGCCAGCACCGGCGGUGGCUCCGGGUCUGGCACGGCACCGGCACCGGUACCGGCACCGGCAGCGGGGCCGGGAGUGGCGGAGCGGCGUCCCCGCGGGCCCACCCGGCGCAGCGGGAGGGGCCAGGCGGCGGCAUGGGCACGCUGAGCCCUGAGCUGGCCCCGCUCAGCGCCCAGUCCCGGCGCUGCCGUGUACUGCAGCCACUUCAUCUCCAGCUCUCACCGGGGGAGAGCUCACAGGGCCCCUGCUCCUGCUCACGGCCCCUGACGCCCACCUGCCAGGAGGCCAGCAGCCAGCUGGCUGCAAGGUCGUCUGUCCACACCAGCUUGCUCUGACGGCGGAUUGAAGUGCACCAGUGCUGGUGCCACAGCCAGCGCGACGGAGAGCAGACGGGCAAGGGACCCCACGGCGGGCAGCUGGCACCACGCUCCAGCCUCCAGGGAUGGCCGAUAAAUGCAGUGAGGGGCUGCUGAACGGCGCCGUGCCUGGGGAGCGGGGCAAGCAGGACAAGAGUGUCAAGCGUGGCAACUGGGGCAACCAGAUCGAGUUCGUGCUGACCAGCGUGGGCUACGCCGUGGGGCUGGGCAACGUCUGGCGCUUCCCGUACCUCUGCUACCGCAAUGGGGGAGGUGCCUUCAUGUUCCCCUACUUCAUCAUGCUGGUGUUUUGUGGCAUCCCCCUCUUCUUCAUGGAGCUCUCCUUCGGGCAGUUUGCCAGCCAGGGCUGCCUCGGCGUCUGGAGGGUCAGCCCCAUGUUCAAAGGCGUGGGCUACGGGAUGAUGGUGGUGUCCACAUACAUCGGGAUCUACUACAACGUGGUGAUCUGUAUUGCCUUCUACUACUUCUUUGUGUCCAUGACGCGUGUGCUGCCCUGGGCGUACUGCAGCAACAGCUGGAACACGGCCGACUGCGUGGCGGUGCUGAACCUCUCCAGCCGCACCGCCCUCAGCAACUUCAGCGAUUUCGACAACGUCACCCAAAAACGCACCAGCCCCAGCGAGGAGUACUGGAGGAGGUACGUGUUGGAGCUGUCGGAUGACAUCGGGAACCUGGGUGAGGUGCGGCUGCCCCUCCUGGGCUGCCUCGGCGUCUCCUGGGUCGUUGUCUUCCUCUGCCUCAUCAAGGGCGUCAAAUCCUCGGGGAAGGUGGUGUACUUCACGGCCACCUUCCCCUACGUGGUGCUCACCAUCCUCUUUGUGCGCGGCAUCACGCUGGAGGGGGCCCUCACCGGCAUCACGUACUACCUGACGCCCCAGUGGGACAAGAUCCUCAAUGCCAAGGUGUGGGGUGACGCAGCCUCACAGAUCUUCUACUCGCUGGGCUGUGCCUGGGGCGGGCUCAUCACCAUGGCCUCCUACAACAAGUUCCACAACAACUGCUACCGGGACAGCAUCAUCAUCAGCAUCACGAACUGCGCCACCAGCGUCUACGCCGGCUUUGUCAUCUUCUCCAUCCUGGGCUUCAUGGCCAGCCACCUGGGCGUGGACAUCUCCAAGGUGGCCGACCACGGUCCUGGCUUGGCCUUUGUCGCCUACCCCGAGGCCCUCACGUUGCUUCCCAUCUCGCCCCUCUGGUCCAUCCUCUUCUUCUUCAUGCUCAUCCUCCUGGGGCUGGGUACACAGUUCUGCCUGCUGGAGACGCUGGUCACGGCCAUCGUGGAUGAGGUGGGCAACGAGUGGAUCAUCCGGAAGAAGACCUUUGUGACGCUGGGGGUGGCCGUGGCAGGCUUCCUGCUGGGCAUCCCCCUCACCACCCAGGCGGGCAUCUACUGGCUCCUGCUGAUGGACAACUAUGCUGCCAGCUUCUCCCUGGUCAUCAUCUCUUGCAUCAUGUGUGUGGCCAUCAUGUACAUUUACGGGCACCACAACUACUUCAAGGACAUUGAGAUGAUGCUGGGCUUCCCACCCCCACUCUUCUUCCAGAUCUGCUGGCGCUUCAUCUCGCCCGCCAUCAUCUUUUUCAUCCUGGUCUUCACAGUGAUCCAGUACCAGCCCAUCUCCUACAAUGAUUACGUCUACCCCACCUGGGCCAUCAGCAUUGGCUUCCUCAUGGCGCUCUCCUCCGUCAUCUGCAUCCCCAUCUACGCCAUCUACAAAGUGUGCCGCUCCGAGGGGGGCACGCUGCUGGAGCGCUUGAAAAAUGCUACCAAGGCAAGCAAGGACUGGGGCCCAGCGCUGGCAGAGCACCGUAGUGGGCGCUACGCCCCGGCAUUCAGCCCCUCCACCGAGUCCCACCUGGAGGUGCAGCCCCUGCAGCCGGAGAAGGGCCGGAGUGAGGCGGCAGAUGCCUCCCCCAUGCAGGGCAGCAACGGCUCAGCGCACAGCCAGGACUCCAGACUGUGACCCCCUGCCGUCCCCGCACCCCCUCUAACCCCUCCCGCGCGGUGACACUUUCGCACCUUCCGCUGGCGGAGCCUGGCUCCGGGCCACACUGGACCGCAGGGGGCUCUCAGUGCCCAUCCCUGAGACCCCACCACCUCCUCGCCGGUUAACUCCCCCCUGCCCCCCCCACCCCCCCCCCCCAUGGCGUUCGUUAACCCUCGUGUUUACGGUAACCUUUGUGCGCGACGCUGGGACGAGAGAGGAGGGGGCACAGCUCCAGGAGGGCCGGGAGCCAGAGGCACUUUGCAGGGGCCCUGCCCUGGGGGGAUGCACAGGAUUUGGGGCGGGGGGCAGGAUGCCCCCCCGGCUCCCGGCCCCCUGCAGCUGGGCAGCCUGCCCUGCCAUGGGGCACCCUCCUGGCCUACCCCUAGCGAUGAUGUGGAAUAGGACUGGGGCUGGGGCUUGCAGGGACUGCCUGUGGCCACCCAAAGCUGUAUGUGCACAAGACCGUUGUGGUGGGGGUUGGUACUGUAGGGACCCGCAGUGGGUCCUGGGUGGGCACCUGCUGUGGCUCAGAGUCUGCAGGGUCCCACGGGUGGCCAUGGCCAGGGACAGUGGCAGGCACUGGGCCAGCACAGGGAGACGGCGAGCACCCUGCCUGCAUGGGCAGCGGGAUCUCACGGCACAAGACACAAGCACUUAGAGCACACGUGUGUGCAUGUGCGUGUCCCUCACGAACACAGUACAGGCACGCACAUGGCACACGUGGGCACGCACAUACGCAUGGUACUGUGGGGCUGUACAGGUGGCGAGCUGGUAUGCCCCCCCGCCCCAUGCACUCCCGCACCCCGCAGUAACCUGCAGCCCUGCUGGGGGGCCCUGGGUGCCUGUCUAUGUGACCAGGCACUGCCCGCAAAGUUGGGCACAGCCGUAAGCAGCGUGGGCACAGCCUGGUGCUGCUGCCUGCCCUGCAGCAGGGCAGGAGGCUGGGGAGCACUUAAGCCUGACUGAGGGGUGAUGGGGCAGGGCCGGGGUCCAGCUCUCCCCAGCAACCCCUGGUACAGGUGGGGAGAAGGGGGGCCUCCCAUGGUGCUAAGGGGGAGCAGAAUGGACUGCCCCCCCCCCCACCUGCUGCUAGCAAGAGGUACCAGCGGAGACACAGAGGGCUGUGCCAGCCCGCUUGCUCCGAGCCAUCCAGGGACAUGAAGUCCCCUACCAGUAUUAGUGGAGCAGGAUACACUGGCAAGGCCGGGCAGUUUUAAAUCUGUCUUCCAGCUCCAGCCAAAGGGCUUGGAGUUCUCAAUUCAGGGUGGAUGGGGUGGGACCUUUCCCACCCCGCUGCUCCCCUCCCAGGCAGCGCCCUGUGCUCCCCAUGCCACAGCCCCGAGGCUGGCACAGGGACACGGUGUGGCUUGGCACGGCGGUGGCGGGUGGUGGGCGCUGAGCCCUGGCAGGAUGUUCCAGCUCCCCCGGCCCUGUCCCAAGCCCCCCGCCGUGCUGCGGUGAGGGGUGCAGGUUCCCGCAUGGUGCCCGUGCCCUGCCCCAUGUGUCACGCUGCUACUCUUCACCUCUAAUUGUUAGCAAUAACGCACGCGUCCCUGGGCAGCACUGCCUGUGCCAGUGUCUCUCCCAGUGUAGAGUUCUAAAGUAUCCUAGAUUUUAAUGAGAUUUGUACUCCUGA